CACACAAACGGUCACCACAAGAACGGAGGCACCGGCGGCUCAGUCAGUCAGUCAGUCGGUCAGUCAGUCAGUCAAAGUCAGACAGAAAAGAAGAAGCAGAAACGUAGCCUGCUGCGGAGACUCAUCACCAGCGUAACCGAUCAAAGCCCGUCUUCUACCGGCCUCCAUAAGGCACACACACGCACCGACAGUCGGAUCGCGGAUUCUUCUGCUCUGCUGCCGGGAGAAGCGCUCAGAGCGAGGCGGCAUCGUGGCUCUCCCACCACGGGCAUGUCUGAGGGAUUCCACGGGCGAGGUUGAACUCCUGCUUUCCCCCAAAGAGGAUUCAAUGAAAAUGUCUGUGUGUGUCCACGAGAACCGGAAAUCCCGGGCUAGCACCGGCUCCAUGAACAUCUACCUGUUCCACAAGUCCUCCUACGCCGACAGCGUCCUCAUGCACCUCAAUUCUCUGCGGCAGCAACGACUAUUCACAGAUGUGUUGCUUCACGCCGGCAGCCGCUCCUUUCCAUGCCACCGCGCCGUACUGGCCGCUUGCAGCCGUUACUUUGAGGCCAUGUUCAGCGGCGGGCUGAGGGAGAGCCAGGCCAGGGAGGUUGACUUCCACGAGUCCAUCCACCCAGAAGUCCUGGAGCUCCUGCUGGACUACGCGUACUCCUCUCGGGUGGUCAUCAACGAGGAGAAUGCAGAGUCACUUCUGGAAGCCGGGGACAUGCUGGAGUUCCAGGACAUCAGAGAUGCAUGUGCAGAAUUCCUGGAGAGGAACCUUCACCCGUCCAACUGCCUUGGGAUGCUCCUGCUGUCAGACGCCCACCAGUGUACCAAGCUGUCAGAACUCUCCUGGAGCAUGUGCCUAAGCAACUUCCCCGCCAUUUGCAAGACGGAAGACUUCCUCCAGCUGCCCAAAGACAUGGUGGUCCAGCUUUUGUCCCAUGAAGAGCUAGAGACUGAAGAUGAGCGACUAGUUUAUGAGACUGCCCUGAACUGGAUCAACUAUGAUCUAGAGAGACGACACUGCGACCUUCCUGAACUCCUCAGAACGGUUCGCCUGGCUCUUUUGCCCGCCAUUUUCCUGAUGGAAAACGUCUCGACUGAGGAGCUGAUCAACGCCCAGGCCAAGAGCAAGGAGCUGGUAGAUGAGGCCAUCCGCUGCAAGCUGAAGAUCCUGCAGAACGACGGCGUGGUCAAUAGUCCGUGUGCCCGUCCCCGCAAAACCAGUCAUGCCCUUUUUCUCCUGGGGGGGCAGACAUUCAUGUGUGACAAGCUGUACCUUGUGGACCAAAAGGCCAAGGAGAUCAUUCCCAAAGCAGACAUUCCGAGCCCCAGGAAGGAAUUCAGUGCCUGUGCCAUUGGUUGUAAGGUUUAUAUCACAGGGGGACGAGGUUCAGAAAACGGGGUGUCCAAAGACGUUUGGGUCUAUGAUACGGUCCAUGAAGAAUGGUCCAAAGCGGCGCCAAUGCUCAUCGCCAGAUUCGGUCACGGCUCAGCCGAACUGAAGCACUGCCUGUAUGUGGUCGGAGGUCACACGGCGGCCACCGGCUGCCUCCCCGCCUCACCGUCCGUGUCGCUCAAACAGGUGGAACAGUUCGACCCGGUGGCCAACAAGUGGACCAUGGUGGCACCUCUGCGAGAAGGCGUGAGCAACGCGGCCGUGGUCAGCGUCAAACUCAAGCUCUUUGCUUUCGGGGGAACAAGCGUCACCCAUGACAAACUGCCCAAAGUCCAGUGCUACGACCCCCAAGAGAACCGAUGGACUGUACCGGCGUCCUGCCCGCAGCCCUGGCGCUACACCGCUGCUGCCGUGCUGGGAAACCAGAUCUUUGUCAUGGGCGGCGACACAGAGUUCUCGGCUUGCUCGGCGUACAAGUUCAGCAGCGAGAGCUAUCAGUGGACUAAAGUGGGCGACGUGACGGCCAAGCGCAUGAGCUGCCAGGCCGUGGCAUCGGGAAACAAACUCUACGUGGUGGGCGGGUACUUUGGCACUCAGCGCUGUAAAACUUUGGACUGCUACGACCCUACGCUGGACGCUUGGAACAGCAUCACCACGGUACCGUACUCCCUCAUUCCCACGGCUUUCGUCAGCACCUGGAAGCAUCUGCCGGCCUGAAGCCCUCAACAGGACUCAUUCCAUGAGGUUUGACGUCCUUUUAAGACUGUGACGAGGCACUCAAAGAGACGAACUGGAGCUGCUCAAGUGGGACAUUUCACCCAGACACCACCACCACUGUAUAGCAUGUAUUUAGACUGAAGCAGGCACACAUGGCACAACGGAGGCGCAAAGCUCUUCAUCCUCUAAUAAGCCCCGCCCCCCCGCACCCUUCCAAGCGCGGCGUGUGCACGUGACGCUGACGAAGAUUGGCAGCUGACGAUCACCCGUUGAGAGUUUUCGGUGACUUGAGUUUAAGGGGGGGCGGGUCACCACCGUGUUUUUCUGUCCGGCGCCUUGGCUUCUUCGCACACUUGGCUGGACGCGAAACCUCCCUCCGCUUACUGUUAGUGUGAUCGCGCUUGCUUUGCUGAGUCAUGGCUUUGUUUUGUUUUGAAACAGCAUGUGCCCUCGUAGUGACUCAGCACAACUGGCCUAAACUUUAAUAUGUGCUCAGCUUGCGGUGUCCUUUAAUUUAUACCUGUUUUAAUCCUAUUUAUUUCUCCUGAAGGUUUUCACGGAGGCCGCCCUGCGUGGUCACGUGACCUCGACGGGCCUUUAUUGUGCGGUCUUAAUGAGGACGGGGGGUUGAGGGGGGAAGCUCAGAUUACCCGCAGUUUGAGGCUGUUAAGACCGCGGGGGUCAGGCCAAACCCAGUGAAAGGAAUUCCGACUUUGGCCCAAACCUGCCUUAAAUCAGCCGCGCCGACCCCCCGCACCCCAGGACCUGAAAAGUGCACCGAUGCAGCAAUUAACCAUUAAGGGGGCGACUGUCACGCGACCAAUGGCGAGGAGCCAAAGAAUGCGGCGGUCCUUGCAGCUGUCUGCGGGACAAAUGGGUUAUGGGGGUGCGGGGUGUUUAGGUCACUUGUUGGCGCUCCUGGUCUUCCUCCCCGUGAUCCAAUAACUGUGCAGUGACAAGGGCAGACACCGCAGUGCUUUUCUACCCCCCCAACCAACUACCACAGGAACUCUGCUGACACAUUAGGGCUCUGUUCACACUGCAAGGUAGGGUGUCCAAAGCCGAUCUUUUUUGUUUGGUCAAAUCCGAUCUUUUUAUGUAGUCGUUGACAUUCCAAAGAAAAUGCGAUGUCUAACGUGAACGCAAACCGACAAGCACGCAGACAUGACAUCACACGUGCUGCAGUGAAGUUAAUUAUAUUUAUAUAGCGCUUUUCUCUAGUGACUCAAAGCGCUUCUACAUAGUGAAACCCAAUAUCUGUAAAGUAAACAUGGCUCCAGUCCGAGUAGGCGCAUUUGUGGCAAUUUCAAGGAUUUGCUGCAAUCAAAAGUCAACAUUUUCCGGAACGAGUUAUUGCACAUAAAAACUACGAAGGACAAAGUGAAUUAUAUUUAUAUAGCGCUUUUUUUUAGAGACUCAAAGCGCUUUCACAUGGUGAAACCCAAUUACUGUAAAGUAAACAUGGCUCCAGUCCGAGUAGGCCCAUUUGUGGCAAUUUCAAGGAUUUGGUGCAAUCAAAAGUCAACAUUUUCCGGCACGAGUUAUUGCACGUAAAAACUACGAAGGACAAAGUGAAUGAUAUUUAUAUAGUGCUUUUUUUUAGAGACUCAAAGCGCUUUUACAUAGUGAAACCCAAUAUCUGUAAAGUAAACAUGGCUCCAGUCCGAGUAGGCGCAUUUGUGGCAAUUUCAAGGAUUUGGUGCAAUCAAAGUCAACAUUUUCUGGAACAAGUUAUUGCACGUAAGAACGAAGGAUUAGAGCAAGCAUUUGCUUUAAAGUCUGCUUCGAAAAGCGUGUGGGCGAGCAGUCAGACAGUCGUGGAACAUGGACGUGAGCCCCUAAAACAGGGGUAGGGAACCUAUGGCUCUCGAGCCAGAUGUGGCUCUUUUGAUGACUGCAUCUGGCUCUCAGAUAAAUCUUAGCUGACAUUGCUUAACACGAGAAGUAAUUAAUAAUUCCGCUGGUAAACACAGUGUUAAAAAUAACGUUCAAAAUAUAAAACAUUCUCAUGCAUUUGAAUCCAUCCAUCAGUUUAUACCGCACCUGUUCAAGAAGUCAAAUUAAUGGUCGUAAGUACUUUAUUUAUUAUUGGUUAGCUUCAGAAUAACGAUGUUAUUAAAAAGAGUAAGAGAUGCGCGCAUUUAGUUGUUGUAAUCAGGGAAAGUCCAAAUGAAAGAGGAGGCGUAGAAUUCUCUUGUCAAAGCGUGGGACGACACUGUACAAGGGUACAGGCCUAUGGGUUUCUCCUCAUUGAGCUAAAUUGAAUCCUGUCUCUGUUUAAUAUCUUGCUUCUUGUCUGUUUGAUAGAUCAAUCAAUGUUUGAACCUGACAGUUGUAGUCGGUGUUAAAAAUAUUAUACAGCUCUCACGGAAAUACGUUUUAAAAUAUUUGGCUUACAUGGCUCUCUUAGCCAAAAAGGUUCCCGACCCCUGUCCUAAAACAUUAGUUUCGCCUGCUUUUGCCCAUUUGUCAACUAUUUCAGUACAGGCCCAAAGUUUGGACACACAUUCGCAUUUCAAUGCGUUGUCUUUAUUUUCGUGAUUAUUUACGUUGUAGAUUUUCACUGAAGGCAUCACAACUAUGACACCUGUGAAGUGAAGACCAUUUCAGGUGACUACCUCUUGAAGCUCAUGGAGAGAAUGCCAAGAGUGUGCAAAGCAGUAAUCAGAGCAAAGGGUGUCUAUUUUGAAGGAACUGGAAUAUUAAACAUGUUUUGAGGUACUUCACCAUUUUUUUGUUAAGUACAUAAUGCCACGUGUUCAUUCAUAGUUUUGAGGCCGUCAGUGACAAUCUACAAUGUAAAUAUUCGUGAAAAUUAAGAAAAACGCAUUAAAUGAGAAGGUGUGUCCGAACUUUUGGCCUGUGUAUAUUGCAACCGUCUAUUUUCGCUAUAUUAUGAUGAUGCAUAUCGCUAUUUGAUGACGUAUUGGUCAAAUUAAUGCGAUCCAAACGUUCAAACUGCAGUCACCUUUGAUACACAUCUGAUAUAUAUACUGGGUUGAAAUGGAAAAAUUCGGCAUACGGUUGUUCACAUUGACAUGACAAAAUCCUAUACAGGUCAGAUAUGGACAGAAAAACUGUCCAAAAACGUCUUGGAAUAGCAAUUGCAUGCAAAGUCUACUGUAUAAUACAGUAGGCUACAUACUUGCAAAUGAGACACAGAAGUGUAAGAAAACAAUAUAACAACUGGAGAGCACAGCUCAGUAUUAAAUGUUAAAUAUUUUUUUUCUAAACUAACAUUUAUCAACACAUUUGAACAUACUCAUGAAAACAAAAAUUGUUGAGUACAGAUAUCGAUUCAAAUGUGAAAGGUAUUUUAUCACUAUUUGAAGACGUAUUGGUCGGAAGAUCGUGACCUUAUUGGUCUGACUGCAGUCAAUAUUCGAUACAUAUCUGAUUUAUAUCAACAUACAAAAGAGACUUGGGUCAGAUUUCAAACAUUUUGAACUGCACUGUUCACGUUGACAUGAAAAAAUCCGAUACAGGCCACCUAUAAGCAAAAAGUUAGACCUUAGAUUUAUAAUACAGUAGGCUGCAUACUUGCGAAUGAGACACAGACGUGUAAGAAAACAAUAUAGCAACUGGACAGCACAGCUCAGUAUUAAAUAUUAAAUAUGUAUUUUCUAAACUAAUAACAUGUAACACAUUUGAACACAUACAUACAUACCCACAAUUAGUACCGUUGAGUACAGGUAUUGAUUCCCGGGUAUAGGGAAUCGGUACCAUAUCAAUUCAAAUGAGAAAGGCAUUUUAUCGCUAUUUGAUGACAUAUUGGUCAGAUAAACUGCAGUCAAAUUCGAUAUACACUAUAUUGCCAAAAGUAUUUGGCCACCUGCCUUUACUCACAUAUGAACUUGAAGUGCCAUCCCAUGGAAUUGUCCAAAAUGUUUUUGGUAUCCUGGAGCAUUCAAAGUUCCCAACUCCUGAAAAACAACCCCACACCAUAAUUCCUCCUCCACCAAAUUUCACACUCGGCACAAUGCAGUACAAAAUGUAGCGUUCUCCUGGCAACCUCCAAACCCAGACUCGUCCAUUAAAUUGCCAGACCGACAAGCGUGACUCAUCAGUCCAGAGAAGACGUCUCCACUGCUCUCGAGUCCAGUGGUGACGUGCUUUACACCACUGCAUCCCACACUUUGCAUUGGACUUGGUGAUGUACGGCUUAGAUGCAGCUGCUCGGCCAUGGAUACCUAUUCCAUGAAGCUCUCUGCGUACUGUAUGUGGGCUAAUUAAAGGUGACAUGAAGUUUGGAGCUUUGUAGCAACUGACUGUGCAGAAAAGUCUUUGCACUAUGCGUUUCAGCAUCCGCUGACCCCCCACUGUCAGUUUACUUGGCCUACCACUUGGUGGCUGAGUUGCUGUUGUUCCCAAACUCUUCACUUUUCUUACAAUAAAGUUGACUAUGGAUUAUUUAGGAGCGAGGCAAUUUCACGACUGGAUUUGAUGCACAGGUGGCAUCCCAUGGCACAAAUGUUUGUAGAAACAGUCUCCAUGCCUAAGUGCUUGAUUUUAUACACCGGGCCAAGUGAUUAGGGCACCUGAUUGUCAUCAUUUGGAUGGGUAGCCAUAUGCUUUUGGCAAUAUAGUGUAUAUCCGAUUCGUAGCCACGUACAAAGGAGGCCUGGGUCCGGAUUUGCACUUUUCACAUUGACUCGAAAAAAUCCGAUACAGGUCGCAUACGGGCAAAAAAAGUCAGAUAUGACCUGCAGUGUGAACAAGGCCGUGGAGUCAUUUCGGGGGUGCUGAAUACAAUAAUGAAUCUUUGGGCUGUUUUGUGAAUCAAACUAUGUAACCUUGUGCAAGGGGCUCUAAACACGGGUGCGCUCAAGAAUUGAGCUAAACAGCGGAGGAAAACAAGUUUGGUGUUCCGCUCAAACAAAAACAAACAAUAAGUUCCUGAAGACCAAAACGAGCAACAAAUUGUUGCUAUGUGAGAUGUCCUAAUCGUUGCCGGCUCGGCGAUAGAUUUACAACAAUAACUUAAAUUUUCCGCACAAUCCAACAACUCCCAAACGUGAUCUCCCCAACAACGCCAAAGGCCCCUCCGAUCGCAUCAGAGCGCUACCUCCCCCGCACAAGACCGGUCUCUGUGGAAACGGACCCUUGAAUGAGCCUUGCUUUUUGUAUCCGGAUGUCCUCCCUUUGCUUUAUCUGGGAACCAGCGACACCAUCUCAAACCACGACGGAACCCUUUGUUGUCGUUAUGUCAUGAUGUUUCAUUUCUAUUUCCAUGGCAUUAUUUUGUAUAUUUAAUUUUUUUUUUCACAAUGUGAAAUCCAUGGCUGAAUAAACAUGAGGUUUUUCCUCUUGGCUGUAAAGAA